CUGGUGUUAUCUUCAUCAUGAAUGCCCCAUAUUUUCAUGUCAAAGCGUCCCCCCCUCCUUCUGCCUCGGUGACUGUUUAUCGAGCGAAGGCUUCCCAUCCACCUGGCCCUUCUUUGGCUGGGAGAAUGACCACGAUGCUCGCCGUCGCCGCUCUUCUGAUGGCGGGCCUCCUGGCCUUACUGGCGCCCUUCUCGAUGGUGGUGCUUGUCCUGCGCAGCCACCAGCAGCCCUUGACGGGCGGUCUAGCCGGUCUCACAAUCCCAGUGCCGAAGACCUUCGAGAGUGACAGCCACGAGGAAUUUCUGGCCUUGCCGCGGUCCGCUGCUCGGCCUUCGCUUCAUCCCGUCUACUCGUCUUCCCCGUCCCUCUCUCCCACUCCUUACUGGCACCCGCACGUACGGUGGGUUUUCGUCAUCACUCCCUCAAAACAGCGCUACACGCAGCGAGUCGAUUUGGUGCGGCUCAUGAACACGCUGUCCCACAUCGACAACUUGCAUUGGAUCCUGGUCGGUCACAAGGAAUGGCGGAAGCGCACAGUGGCUUUGUGUAUCGUGUAUGUCGCAUUGAUGUGUUUGUUAGGUGGAGGACAACGUCAAGCAGUCUCCCAAAGUGGAUCGGUGGCUCAACGAGAGCAGAGUCCAGCACUACACGCACCUGUUUGCGCCGUCCAGGGCCAAGAAGCGCAUGAAGGUCAGAGGGUCACAGCAGAGGAAUCGAGCAAUCCUCCAUCUCAAGAACAUGAUCGCAAACGAGGAGGACGAGGCGCUCAAAAAGGCAUACCAAGUGAGCGAAGUGGGGGCACGUUGGGGCGCUGCAUUUGCUGCUGUGUCCCUGUGUAUCUGUGCUGUCACGCAGGAGGGUGUCGUUUACUUUGCUGAUGACGACAAUGCCUACAGUCUUGCCCUCUUCGACGAGCUGCGGCGCGUCAAGUCGAUUGGUGUCUGGCCCGUUGCCUUCACCGCCGGCCGUUACGUCGAGCGAUGCAUUCUGAACGAGACCACCGGCCACAUUGCCUCCUAUCAGGCGUGGAAUGUGCGUAGAAACACACCCACUCACGCGAACGCGUCUCGGCACGAGUCCAUGUGCAUGACUCUGUCCCUUGUGUUGCGUGCAGUCCACCGGACGUGCCUUUCCGAUCGACAUGGGGGGCUUUGGCAUCCACACCAGACUAUUCCUCCCCGAGAAUGCCUCGGCCGACCCGCCCCUGUUUGACAUGCGAAGCAAGCACGGCCAGCUUGAAAGCGACUUUCUCGGUCAGUUUGGCAUCCCCCUUGCCGAUUUGGAGCCGCUGGCCGACAACUGCACCAAGGUAUUCGCACGACCACGCUCGAAUUGACUAACCUGAAACGCUAUGUGGGUAUAGGUGAAUGUCUGGCACGUCAAGACGAAGAUCGACAAGAUUGACAAGGAUAUCGACUUGGCCAUCGACGUCUGAGGACCUUGGUUAAAGCCGCGUGUGUAGUCUCUAUCAAUGCAGGGAGGCUUUGGACGUGUGUGUGAGUCUGGAUGUACGCGCACUAAGCCCUUGAGCAAGUCAGAGGGGAGUGGAGGGUCGGGGACCGACAGAAAGAGUCUGGUCAAACGAGAUCCGUAGCAGUGUUUUUCCAAUGGAAGCCACGAAAGCACAUCAAUAUUUGUCAGCGUGUGUCGUCCGAUUUUAUAGAUUAGAGGGACGCGCACAGUGAGAAAUGGAGGGUAUGUACAGGUUUUUACAAGACCCUCUUUUGGACACCUGCUGCAUACACGUAUAGAGAGAUAGAGAGAGAUGUGGUUGUCAGUCGUCUGUAUUCUUUCGCGCUAGACUUAUGGAGACUUAUCCUUUCGUUGCCUGCUUGGCCGUCUGCGGGCAAAAAACGCAAGCAGACGGCCAAAAAAAUCAAAGGGCGCACACCACUGCGCCCCGCUUGUUGCCCUUUUGCCUGCGGUGUGAUGUGUGUAUGCAGACAGCUCUUGAUCAUGCGUGCAUAUUGGUUUGCGCACGUGUGCUGUCAGUCUAUGUCGACGCUGUGUGCGAUCCUUCAUGUCUCUGUGUCCAUGUGUAUACAUACGAAUACUUGCUUGUGUGUGUCUACAUAUGUACGCAUGUCUACCAAUUCAAUUAAUGUGGGAUCGAAGCAAGACAAGAUCGAAUACACACACGUACAACGACAACCAGUAUAGAAGCGGAACGAACAGACAAUCAUCUGUCUAUAUAUCAGGACGCUUCUGAAGCGUCACUCAGCACUAGCUACUGAUAGCCACAAGGCCGCUUUUCAAGCCCCCCUCUGCCUAGGCAUGCUGUUUUUCAGUUGCCUUCACCUGUAAGGUCACAGGUCACGCUUGGUGUCUUCCGGUUGCCUUCGCGCGGAUACGUGUCGAGACAGAUGGAUGGAUGCGUGUCGAAUCAGUUUCCAUUUGAUCCACCACUUGAUGUCAGUGCAUGUCAGUGCAUGUCAGUGCAGCCGUCCAUACAUCGAUGACAACAUACACACACACUCUCACGCUCACAGACUCACACGCACACACA